UUGCGAUAACUGAUGUUUCUGCAUCAACUCCAUCAAAAUUCUAGUUUUCAGAAACAGUACUUUGUUCAGAUUAAUUGAAUUGAUUUGUGCACAAUUUCAUUAAUUACCCUCAAUCCGCAACCAUCUCAACUGUUAUUUGGGUUGAACAUGAAAAUCUGGGAUGAAAUUUCUUCUUCAUUUACAGAGUGAAAAAUCAUUCUCAUUCACUGAGUUUCUAGCAGAAACCAAGUUUAAGCUUAGUUCCGAAAGAUUCCUGUGUUCCUAAUUUCAGCUAUAUGAUCAAAUCCAGGAAAGGAUAGAGAACAGAUAAGGUCUGAACUUGGAGCUACCACUGGACUUACUUUUUUUGCAAGCACCCAUGAUGUUCAAGUCCUUAAUUUCUGCAAUUGUUUCACUAAGCUUCUUGCCAAUAUUCUCUGGCACGACUGUAGCUGAUCUGAACUCUGAUGGACAAGCUCUCUUGGACUUUGCUUCCAGUGUCCCACAUGCCCGAAGACUCAACUGGAAUGAUUCUGCUUCAAUUUGCAGCUCAUGGGUGGGUGUAACUUGUAACCCAGACAAAACUCGGGUCAUUGCUAUUCAUCUUCCAGGAAUUGGCCUCAAAGGCCACAUUCCAGAAAACAGCAUAGGAAAACUAGAUGCCCUUACAGUACUGAGUCUUCACACCAAUGGCCUUAAUGGGAAGCUUCCUUCAGACAUCCUUUCCAUUCGUUCACUCGAGUAUGUACACCUUCAGCAGAAUAAUUUCUCAGGUCCAAUCCCUUCAUCUGUCUCUCCUAAACUCAUUGCACUUGAUAUUUCUUUCAACUCCUUCUCUGGCACUAUCCCACCUACAUUUGUCAAUCUCAGAAGACUCACCUGGUUGUAUUUUCAAAACAAUUCCAUCUCUGGACAUAUCCCAGACUUCAACCUCCCAAUGCUCAAAUAUCUUAAUUUGAGUAAUAAUAACUUGAGUGGCUCAAUUCCAAACUCUAUCCAAAAAUUUCCUCACACUUCUUUUCUUGGGAACUCUCUUUUGUGCGGGCCACCUCUGAAUCAUUGCUCUGCAGUCAACCCUUCUCGAUCUCCUCCGUCUGCUUACCCCCCAGUCACUCCAUCAAGUACCCACAGUCAAAAAGCUACCAACCCAAAGAAAAGAUUUGGAUUGGCUUCUAUACUUGCUCUGGUAAUUGGGGGCUGUGCGUUCCUAGCUCUCCUAGUUUUGGUAAUCUCUUUGUGCUGUUGCAAGAAGAAAAACGGUCAAAGCAGUGGCAUACUGAAAGCGAAGGCAGCUUGUGCAGGAAAGAACGAGAUUUCAAAGAGUUUUGGAAGUGGAGUACAAGAGGCUGAGAAGAACAAGUUGUUCUUCUUCAGAGGGUGCUCUUAUACCUUUGACCUUGAGGAUUUGCUAAAGGCCUCAGCUGAAGUUCUUGGAAAGGGAAGCUAUGGAACAGCCUACAAGGCUGUUUUGGAGGAGGGAACAACAGUGGUGGUUAAGAGGUUGAGGGAAGUUGUGGUCGGGAAGAAGGAGUUUGAACAGCAGAUGGAUAUUGUGGGGAGAGUAGGAAGCCACCCUAAUGUCAUGCCUCUUCAAGCUUAUUACUAUUCCAAAGAUGAGAAACUCCUAGUUUGCAGCUUCAUGCCAGGCGGAAGCUUAUUUGCCUCAUUGCAUGGAAACAGGGGAGAGGGAAGAACUCCACUGGACUGGGAUGCAAGAAUGAAGGUCUCACUUGGAGUUGCCAAAGGAAUCGCUUUCAUACACUCCGAAGGGGGUCCAAAAUUCACACACGGCAACAUCAAGUCCACCAAUGUCCUCCUAACCCAGGACCUCGACGGCUGCAUCUCCGACGUCGGAUUGCCUCCGCUGAUGAGCACUCCGGCAACCAUGUCCAGAUCUAACGGCUACCGAGCGCCAGAGGUGACGGACGCCCGAAAAAUCACCCACAAAUCUGAUGUCUACAGCUUCGGGGUGCUCCUCCUGGAAAUGCUGACGGGGAAAUGCCCGAUGAGAUACCCUGGUCAUGACGAGGUGGUGGAUCUGCCGAGGUGGGUUAGGUCCGUCGUCCGAGAGGAGUGGACGGCGGAAGUGUUCGACGAGGAGCUAUUGAGAGGGCGAUAUGUGGAAGAGGAAAUGGUGCAGAUGCUUCAGAUUGCGCUGGCGUGCGUAGGGAAGGCGCCAGAUAUGAGGCCCAGGAUGGAGGAAGCUGUGAGAAUGAUGGAGGAAAUCAGGCAGCCGGAGUUGAAGAACCGGCCUUCUUCCGAGUCCGACUCCAAUCUGCAAACACCUUGAAUGUUGCAUCAAGAACGAGCCGGAGGUUGAGUGAGAGAGAGAGAGAGAGAGAGAGCAUUUUCAUGGUAUUGGGGACAAAUUCGAGCACCGAUUCACGACAGGUAUUCUGUGUCUUCUGCCAAUAACAAUUGCAUUGUAUAAUAAAAGUGGCUGCUUCUCCCCGGUGGGAUUUUAGUUAAUGUUGAUUCCAUUUGAUGCCUGUUUCCUAUCAUGUGGGCUGUAGCUGUCUUUGUUCAGUGACAAAUCAAGCCUAUUUUCAUCCUUAUAAAGCCUAGAGUUUCAUUCUUGUUCUGUU